AUGCCGCAGGCUGUGCGUUUAGUGGAUGCCGGCAACACCCUGGUGGAGCUGCGCUCAAAUUUGACUGAACCAUUCAUCCGUGCAGUAGCUGCUCGGCAUGCGCAAAGAGAAGAUGCUGAGGAGGAGGAGCUUGGACAAGCCCUGGGUCAACAACAAGUGCGGCGUUAUCACCUAAGCACCGUCUACCGGGAGGUGCACACCUGCUACCAUCUGCAAGCCCUACCACCAGCGCAAAAAAUUGUCGGGGAGUUGGAGCGGACAAGCAAUGGUGUUGUGGGGAAAACCGUGCCUCAGAGCAGGAAGUUGCGGUGGGUCUUCUAUCUUGACAGUAGAAAGCAAGUUGAGAGUAGGACCUGA